AUGACCGGACCAGAAACACCAUGGCCACGUGCGAGACGCCCGUUCCCAAUGACGCGUGGUGGCAUCGAAAUUCACUUCCUCUUGACAAUAUCCGUCUGUUCAUUAUCUAUCUAUCUAUCUAUCUAUCUAUCUAUCUAUCUAUCUAUCUAUCUAUCUAUCUAUCUAUCUAUCUAUCUCAGUCAGUUUUUCAGAUCUCUCCAUGUAUCUAUCUGUCAACCUUCGUCUCCCCAACAGAUAGUGCUCUCAUUUACACCUUUCUUUCUUUCUUUCUUUCUUUCUUUCUUUCUUUCUUUCUUUCUUUCUUUCUUUCUUUCUUUCUACACGACGAGGCAUUUUCCCUUCUUUCAUACAUUUCCGUUUUUUUCUUUCUCAGUAAACUUUUCUUUUAUUUAUUUCUAUUAUACUCUUUCUUUUUUCUUUCUUUUACACAGGCAGUUUCCAUUUCUCUUCAUUUCUUCAUACAUUUUCUCUUUCUUUCUUUCUUUCUAUUUCUUUCUUUCUUUCUUUCUUUUUUCGUUCUUUCUUAAUUCUUUUCUGUCUUCACACGGUCACUUUUUCUUUUUUCCAUACAUUUUCACUUCCCUUUUUACAGUGACUUUUUCUCUUUUUUAUACAUUUUCGCUUAAUUUCUUUCUUUCUUUCUUUCUUUUCCACUCUCGCUUAAUCUUUCUCAUACAUUUUCUCUUUCUUUCUGUCGUUAUUUCACACAUCACUUUUUAUUUUUUUCAUACCUUUUCGUUUUAUUUUUUAUUCCUUUUCUCUUUCUUUCUUUUACACAUUCACUUCAUUUUUCAUACAUUUUAUUUUUAUUUCUUUUACACAAUCACUUUUUAUUUUUUCAUACCUUUUCUCUUUCUUUCUUUUACACAGUCCCUUCAUUUUCAUGCCUUUUCUUUUUUUCUUUUACACAGUCACUUUUUAUUUUUUCAUAACUUUUCUCUUUUUCUUUUUACACAACACUUUUUAUUUUUUCAUACCUUUUUUACUGUCUUUCAUUUUUUCUUUCUUUCUUUUACACAGUCACUUUGUAUUUCUUUCUUUCCUUUCUUUCCUUUGUGUUUUUACACGGUCAUUUUCUUUAUUUUGAAAAUAAUCCUUUUUCUUAUGUUUCUUUGUUUUCUUCUAUAUUACACUUUUUUGGUUAUUUUCUUUUUCUUCUUCUGUUCUUACCUUUCUUUCUUUCUUUCUUUCUUUCUUUCUUUCUUAUUUUUCAUCUCAUUUUCAAUUCCGUCUCAUUUUGUUGCAUUCUUCUAUCGCUUUAACUUUUCUUUUAUUUCAUUUCCAGCUCUGCUAUUUUUGCAUCUCGUUCAUGUGGAUCUGUUUUCAUUAUUCAUUUUCAUCAUUUUAUUAUUUGCAAAUUAUACGUCCUUUUUUUUUUAUUUUCGUUCUUUACUUUUUUCAUUCAUUCCGUCGUUCCCGUCUUGUAUUUGGUUUCUUUUCUUCAUUCUAAGAUUUUAUUAUUCUAACUUAUUUCUCUUUACUUUUGUUAUUGUUUCUUUUCCUUCCUUCCUCCCUCCCUCCUUUCCUUUCUUCCUCCCUUUCCUCUCUUCCUCUCUCCUUUUUUCCUUCCUUCCUUCCUUCCUUUUUUCCUUCCUUCCUUCCUUCCUUCCUUCCUUCAGUUUUGCAUUAGUUUUUCUUGUUUACGCGUCGUAUUUUUUUCGUCACUUCACCUUGCUUUUUUUUUCAUUUUUCUAUCCUUAA